CAAAUAUCUUCUAUUCAUUAUGCUUCUAAGUUCAUGUAACAAUUCAUGCAGUUACUUAGCUGGAUGCAUCGGAAGUUACAAAAAGACGUCACAGGUUCACUGCAGGCUUCAGUUGUUGGGAGCUCUUGCACUUGCUUGUUUCUGCCAUCAGCUAACAAUCAAGUAAAUUAUAUAACACCAAGUAAUGAAGCAAAACAGAAGUGGCAACAAAAGGGACAUUGUCAGCAUCACCUUAAGGAAUUUAAUCCUGAAAACAAUGAAGAGUUCAAUGAGAAAGAAUCCACAGAUAUAUUUCCAGGUUUCUUGACAAUUGGAACUUUGAGUAUGGAUCCAAUAUCAGAAGCCCCGACUCCAAAAUUUGAUAUGCCUCAUCAGGUAACAAAUAAAGGUGGAAUACCAAAGAUGAAAUAUGACCUGAAGCUCAUCAAUGAAGAAUUGGAGAGAUUUCUGAAGGUUGAAGCUGAAAAGGAAGGGACCACUGAUUCCUCAAGGAGAAACAGUCAAGCAAGCACUAUUACCCUCAGUGACGAGGUGAACGAAGAUGUGAAUGAUCACAACUCUACCAAUAAGCAAGUAUAUCCUCUGCAAGGAUAUCUUCUUGGAUCAUCCACCGAACUCCUGACAACAAAGCCAAAGGCAAAGAAAGAAAAGACAUUCCUGUAUGAGCUAUUUAAGAAGAGCACAAAAAAGGACAGACGCUCCAUCAAUGAGGCUGACAGAACCCCAAGACAAGCCACCAAUGAAAUCAAGUCACCUGAUCAUCUAAUGAGCAAGAUGCAGCUUACAACUCAAACUUCUCCCAGAAUCACCCGUGAUUUUACAGGCCAUGCAGCUGAGUCUUUCCUGACUCUCAGAAGACUCACUAAGAUCAAUCAGCUUUUCCACACAAAAGUGCAUCCUGAAAUCAGCAAAGCUGCAUCUGCUGCAAAAGAGGCCAAAUUUGACAAGCAGGAGACCAGGAAAAAUAAUAGCUAUGAAGAUUCAGUACUCAAAGGUGGUGGAAAGAGUCGAACUGGCUGUUGGGGCACUCUCAAGAAAAGGAAAAAACAGCGCCCUAGUACUGAUAUGAAACUACCUCAAGAUGCAAUUACCCAGAAAGGUUUGGAUCUUCCAGUGGAAGACACAAGUGGUGAUGCAGCCACGGAGCAGUGGAUCAAAACCGACGAAGAAUAUUUUGUAUUGGAGCUGCAGCAGCACGAGGGAGUCAAGAAAUAGAAGUUAUUUAUAUCUACUAUGUUUGUAGGGACAAGUAAUGCCAUGCAUGGCUAGACAUAAUGAACUUGUGCAGUAUUUCAAAAGUUCCAUUUCUAUUUAUAUGAGCUUGUGCUAGUGAGUAGUGAUCUCUAUGAUAGACUUAUUUAUCUUUCUCUUUCCUUUUUCCUUUUCCCAAUGGACAUCACUGUACUGUGCUUGGUAGCAACCAGGUGUGCUGUUUUUGUCUUCCUUUACAACAUCUGUUUAUCUAGCAGUCUACCAUUUUCAGUAUAUACUUCUUUUAUAAAAUUGAAACUGUAAUAACUCAGAUAUGGAAAAAUAGUAGCAUGAAUAAUGACUAGUGAUAGCAAAUCAUGGAUAGUUACUAUAGAACAGGCAAGUACAGCACUUCCCAUUUUGAACUUAACUGAAAGAGUUGUUACUUAAAAGUCUAUAGCUUUGGUCACAUAAAAAACUAUAUCAAA